AUGCCCUCAACAGAGACGGUCGAAGUCUCCAAAGCCGGCAUCAAAACGUCUGCAACCGGUGAGCGUCACAUUCCCUCUUCAACCCGCCCUGACGGCUCUGUCCGGAAAGAAAUUCGCGUCCGCCCGGGCUACCGCCCCCCAGAGGAUGUUGAGGUCUACAAGAACCGGACCGCCGAAGCAUGGAAGUCCCGUGGAAGUGGGGGCGUUCCCGGCGCGGAGAGCCUGAAAUCAGAAAGCGAGCCCCCGAAAGGAAGUGCAGCUGCCAACAAGAACGCAAAGAGGAGGGAGGCAAGGAAGAAAGCUGCGGCUGCAUCAACCCUCACCGAGGGCAAGGGAGGCGAGACGACUGUGAAUGAUUCGGAAGAUCAGAGUUCCCCCCUCAAGGGUAAAGAGAGCACUGAAACCUCUGCGAAGCCCGUUGAUCUGGAGGCUGAAAGGGAGAAAGAUGCAAAGAAGUUGAUGAAGAAGUUACGCCAAGCACGAGAUCUGAAGGACAAGAAGGAGAAAGGGGAUGUCCUGCUACCGGAGCAGUUUGAAAAGGUGAUCAAAAUCAAUGAGCUUAUCCGGCAGCUGGAAACUCUUGGUUUUGAUGCAAACGGUGACAAGAAGGCUGAGACUUGA